AUGACGUCUUGCGGAAGUAAACAAAGCUCGGCUGACGUGGAGCAGUCGAACCGGAUGAACCGGAUCUGAAUCGAGUGGUUCAGAACCGUGGGGUCGAUUCCGUGUCUGUCACGUCAACGUUGGCCCGGUCGUGUCGGUGUCUCCGGCUCCAGCAGAACUAGCCCCCGUGUGUGAAGCCUCCCUGCGCGGUUAAGAUGGCGGCGGCGGACGACGCCAGCAGGCCGUUCGCCGGACUGUCCGAUGUGUCCAUCUCGGAGGACAUCCCGGUGGAGGGGGACAUCUCCGUCCCCGUCGGCUCCUCCAGGAGAGACGACGAGUACUCGACGCUGGACGAGCCGGUGAAGGAGACCAUCCUGCGGGACCUGCGGGCGGUGGGCAACAAGUUCAUCCACGUCCUGUACCCGAAGCGGAGCUCGGCGCUGCUGCGGGACUGGGACCUGUGGGGCCCGCUGCUGCUCUGCGUCACCCUGGCUCUGCUGCUGCAGGGCGGAGCGGCCGAUACCGACGACCAGGGGGGGCCACAGUUCGCUGAGGUCUUCGUCAUCAUCUGGUUCGGCUCCAUCAUCAUCACCCUCAACUCCAAACUGCUGGGCGGCACCAUCUCCUUCUUCCAGAGCCUGUGCGUGCUCGGGUACUGCAUCAUGCCUCUGACGGUGGCCAUGGCCGUGUGCCGCAUCGUGCUGAUCGGCGGCUCGGGGACGGUCAGCUUCGCCGUGCGGCUGGUGGUGGUGACGGCGUCCUUCGGCUGGUCCACCUUCGCAUCCACGGCGUUCCUCGCCGACAGCCAGCCGGCCAACCGCAAGGCGCUGGUGGUGUACCCGGUGUUCCUCUUCUACUUCGUGAUUGGGUGGAUGAUCCUGACGUUCUCGCCCUCGCAGUAGAGGAGGAGCAACAGGACUGGGUUUGAGUCGACGGGGGAGGUUUUUUUCGUGGAAGGACUCAGACGAACUCUAGGAUCUGCCUUCGAUCGACUACUGACGUGACUGACGAGUUCCUGAGCCUCAGCUUCUGGACUCACGGGACAUUCAAAUAAUUCCUUUGGGAGCAGCAGGGGGUUUAUGCUCCGAUCCAGAGUCGACGCCGCACUGCAGAGGGGGGUUUUGAAAAAGCUGAUGAAAAUGUUCGGAUUCUUCCAGUUUGUCUCCCAAAAGCUGUGUAAAAUAAAAAAAAAGUCCAUAAGCUUGUAUAUAGAGAUGCUUUAUGAAUGUUAGAACUCCAGGGCUCCCUGCGUUCUGCGCUUCCUCCUGAUCACUCUGGGUUUUCAAACAUGUCAACGCUUCAUUCUGCAUUUUUUUAGACUUUUUUUACGACCAAGAAACCAAACCGUCGUCAACUCAUUUUGCUCAUUUUGUUCGAGUUUUAUUGGAGGGUUGAUUUUUGUUUUCCUGAGACAGAUGACGACAGAAAGACGAGUCAAACCGGUGACGUCUCAAAUGUCUCGAUCUUCACGAUCUCUGUCUUCACCUCCUCUUUCAGACUGUGAGUGAGCUGAUGCGUUCACACGUCAUCCUCCCUCGCUGGUUUUAAAAGGCAUUCUGAGCGAACUUCUGGCUGUGAUUAGUCGACUAAACAACCAUUAACCUUUGACCCCUGCUCUGUUGUCAGACGACUUGUCUUUUCUCUUCUUAAAUCACUAACUCUGUCUGGUCAGGUCUUUUAAUUUAUGGGUAUUGAUUUACAUCAAAGAAAAAAAGAUUAAAAUUCAUUUGAUCUGCAGCGACUGUAUGUUCUGUAUUUUUCAGGAUCAGCUCUCACACGUUUUAUUUCUGUAUGAAAUAAUUUCACAAUUCUGAAUGAACUUCUUACAAAUCCAACUCAUUUAAAUAAAAAACACUGGCUUCACGGAACGAACGAAA